UUGAUGAGUCUUUUUGCGCUGAAAUAUCUUCCUUCCUUAUUUCUCCUCAUUUUAGAUUCUUUUCAUUCUUCUUCCCUUUUUUUCUUCCUUUUUUAUUCUUUUAUUCAAAAUGUUUAGUAGUUUAAGAAUAUACUCCUCUAUUUUAAUGAAGCUCUCAUAUCUUGUCCUUCCUACAAUUUUGAAUCAUUUCACCAGAUGCUGGAACAACUUUCUUUCUUCAAGGCUAUUACUCAUUGUUUUACUAAAAAGUAGAAACGGUAUUUUCAUUAUUCUUGAGUAA